GGUGCGCCGUGGCUCCGCCCCUUCAACCCGCGGCUCUUCCGCCCGGCGGCGGGAACGGGCGCUCGGAGCCCCCGCUGCCGUGACCCCGCGGUGACCCCGGAGCGGUGACCCCGCCGUGACCCCGGGCAUGGAGGGGGAGGGGGAGGGGGCGAGCGGCGCCCCCGGCGCUAACGCCCCCCCCGCGCUGCUGUUCCUGCCGGACGGGUGCGCGGUGCCGCUGGCGCUGGAGCCGCCGCCGGGCCCCACGGCCGCGGAGCUGCUGCGGCGCCUGCAGGGGGCGCUGCGCCUGCCGCCCGUGGCCAGCGAGGCGCUGGCGCUGUGGCUCAGCUCGCCGCUGCUGGAGGUGCAGCUGAAGCCGCGGCACCGUCCCCUGCGCCUGGCCCGGCAGUGGCCGGAGCUGCUGCUGCGCUUCAGCACGGGGAGCGCGGGGGACAUCGCCCGGGACGAGCCGUGUCUGCAGCUGCGCAGGAGCGUUUUCUUCCCCAAGAGCCGCGAGCUGGAGGUCGAGCAGGAGGCGCUGCUGCGGCUGCUGGUGGGCGCGGCGCGGGAGCAGCUGCUGUCCGGGCGCUGGGCGCUGGAGCCGCCCCAGAGCGUCCAGCUGGGGGCGCUGCUGUGCCGCCUGGACCUGGGGCCCUUCGACCCGCGGGAGCACACGGCGCAGGCGCUGCGGCCGCUGCUGGGGGCGCUGCUGCCGCGGGCGCGGGCGCGGGGGGGCCGCUGGGGGGCGCUGCUGCGCCGGGGCGCCCGUGGCCCCGCCCCCGAGGAGCAGCUGCGCGCGGCCUUCGCCCGGACCCCCGCGGGCCCCGCCCCCCCCGCGCGCCUCUGCCGGGACUUCCUGCGCGGCUGCCACCGCCUGCCCUGCUACGGCUGCGCGUUCUUCGCGGGCGCCAUCGAGCGCCCCCCCGCGGGGCUGCUGGGCCGGGGGCGGCUGCGCCCCGUGCGCGUGGCCGUGGGGCUGGAGGGCGUCACCAUCAUCGACCCCCGGCAGCAGCAAGUGCUGCUGAGCCUGACGUACCCCGAGCUGUGCUGGGAGCUGGUGGGCGCCGUGGGGCAGGACGGGGCCGUGGGGCAGGACGGGGCCGUGGGGCAGGACGGCGCCGUGGGGCAGGACGGCGCCGUGGGGCAGGACGGGGCCGUGGGGCAGGAGCCCCCCCAGCUCUGGCUGGAGUUCGAUGGGGAGCACGAGGGGGCGCCCGUGAACCGGCUGCUCAGGGUCUUCUCCCCACAGGCGGAGCUCAUGAGCGCGCUCAUCGAGUGCUGCAUCGAGCUGGGCGGGGCCGCCCCGGCUCCGCCCCCGGACGAGGCCACGCCCACCGACGAGCUCCCGCCCCGCGACGAGGACCCGCCCCGCGAUGAGACCACGCCCUCCGACGAGGCCCCGCCCCCCGCGGCGGCCCCGCCCCCGGCGGGCGCCCCCUCGCGGCGGCAGGAGAGCGGCGCCCGCGCGCGCCCGCAGCGAUUGGCCACGAUCGAUUACGUGUGCGACGGGCAGCAGCUGCGGCGGGUGAAGCCCCCCCGCCGCUCCGCCUCGUUCUUCGGCCGGGGGGGCGGCUCCUCCGGCCCCGUGCCGGGGGGGGAGCGGGGCUGAGCCCCCCGACCGCCGCAGGGACCCAGGCGUCCGGGACCGCCGCAGGGACCCAGGCGUCCGGGACCGCCGCAGGGACCCAGGCGUCCGGGCCCCCCCCCCGGGACCGACUCACAGACACUAAUAAAUCGCACGGGGACUCGGGUGUGACCGUCACCCCACCCCCCCCCGGCGGGUUUGGGGCUGAUUCGGGCCAAUUUGGGUCAUUUUUGGGGCUAAUUCGGGGUAUUUUGGGUCAUUUUUGGGGCCGCUGCGAAAUGGCGGCACCACGUGACCGCGCCCAUUUUGUGCAGGGGCGUGGCCGCUCAUAUUUGGCUAUACAGGGGCGUGGCCUCCCAUAUUUGCAUGUGCGGAGGGCGUGGCUUCCCAUAGUUGGUAAUGCGGGGGCGUGGCCUCCGUAGAUUGAAAUGAGGGGGCGUGGCCUCCCAUAGUUGGCAAUGCCGGGGGCGUGGCCUCAUAGUUGGCAAUGGCGGAGGCGUGGCCUCCCCUCAUUAGCGCUGGUGAGGCCCCCGCGCCUCCUUUUUGGGUCGAAUCCAGGCGGGUUUGGGUCGGGUGCUUCCUGCGGUUUUUAACCCCAUUUCCACACCCAUCCAGCGCCGUUUUGAACCAAAUUGGCCGCAUUUUUGUUAAAAAUACCGUCCCCCCCCCCCACCGCUCUGCGGUAAAACCGCCUCGGCCCCGAGUAACUUCGGUUGGGGGGGGGGGGUUACAAGCCCUAUCGCGGCUUUAGGUGAAUAUCGGCGGGGAAACCGAGCGGGUUCACAGCUCAAACGGGGGGGAAUGUGAAUAUUUAGGGAUAAAAGUCAAUAUUUUGGCAAACGGCGUUGAUAAAAGUCAAUAUUUUGGCAUUUUGUGUGUCGUCCCCCCCCACGGGAGACAAUGGGACAUUCCGGAGGGGAGGGGGGGGGGGGGUGAGAAGCGCGGUAUUGGGGGCGUGGCCAAUCGUGCGCAUGCGCAGCUCCGCGCUGCGCCACCCGCAGUCCCUGCGCCGCUUAGAACCGGCACGGGGGCCGCAGCACCACCCCCGCCUCCCGCGGAUCCCUCCGCCCGCCGGGAACGCCCCCAAUUCCUCUAUUUUUAAACUUAUUUUUGCCGUAAAUAGGCGUGGAAAGCGAACAAAAGUGAAGUUUAAGCGGGGGGGGAGGGGUUUGUGCCGUUUAACGGCGGUUUGGGGGCCCUGGGGGGGGGAGGGGGCGCUAAAAUAGUCCCCUCCCCCCCCCCCCCCCGCCUUCCCUGAGGUGAUUUAAUGCGAAAUAAAGCCUGAAAGGCGCCGUUUUCAUAAUAAACGGGUUCAAAAAGGGCAGAAAUUCGGGGGUUUCACCCCAAAACCGCGUGGAGAGUGUGUGGGAGGGGGGGAGCCGCCUCCUUUGGGCUCAAAAAGGGGCUUUUUGGUUAAAAAGUUGCUGAAAAUGCAGCUUUUUGAGGCUGCUUGGAGUGGAGGGUCCUAAAGCGGCUGAAAUUGCCCUAAAAGUGCGUUUAAAACGGGCAGAAAGGGGCAAAAAUCACCGCUUUGGGGGAUUCCGCCCCAAAAAUGUGUCGGGAAGGGCGGAAAAACGCGAGAAAAUGAUUAAAAAUAAGCGGAAAAGGGGUUUUUGGCACAAAAAAGGCGUCGGGUUAAUUCGCUUGGUCAGCGCUUUUAGUUAACAAGCGGCUUUAAUUAACAAGCGGCUUUAAUGAGGAAUUUCCUGCUGGAAAUGCCCCAAAAAACGGCGGGUUUCAAAAUAAUGACUCAGCGGGGCCCAAAAUGGGGUGAAAAGCGGCGAUUUUGGGGCAUUUUCCUUGAAAAAUGGGUCGUUUGGGGGGUUUUUAAGUGAAUAAAAAUGGUGCUUUAAAGGUUUUGGUGGGAAAGGGGCGAAUAAGUAUUGAAAUGGUUCAGUUUGGGUGGAAAUGAGGGAAAAAAAGGGGAAAAUGGGGACAAAAAAGGAGAAAAAGGGUUUUUUGGGUGUCAAGUGACGAAUUGUUGAGGUUUUUGCCCAAAAUCGCAGGAAUUUUGGGGUGGAAAAGGCGUUUUCUGUCAGGUCCUGGUGCUGUGACUCAGCAAGAGCCAAAAACGUUGAUAAUGAUACGAAAUAAAUGAUGAAAAUGCUUUAAAUUCACCCAAAAUGGUGAAGGUGGGGGUUGGGUGUCCAGAACGGGGCAAAUGGGGCAAAAAUGGGUGUUGAAUUUAACACUUUUCACAUUAAAACACGCUGGGGGGCGGGGGGGGGCUGCUAACAGCGAUUUAUGAGGGAAAAAAGCCAGAUAAAAGGAAAAAGUCAUAAAAAGGGAGGAAAUAGCGUUUUUUUACAGGCCGCACGGGCCGAAUUUUGGGGGCAUUUCGCUUUUUUUGGUGUUUUUUUAGGGACUAUUUUUCCUGGCGGAGGCGUCUUGCUUUUUGUUGGUGGUUCUUAGAAGCUAUUUCCGGGACUAUUUUCGGGACUAUUUUUCCCGGCGGAGGAGUUUCGCCCCUUGCUGGGCGGGUCUAUAGGGACUAUUUUUUCCCGGCGGAGGGAUCCCCGCGGCCGCCUCACGCGCCUUUAAAAGGCGGCGCCGCGGCCACAGCGCCCCCAGACCCGCCCGGGACGGCCCCAGAGUCGCUGGAUCGCGGCAGGAGCGGCGGCGAAACUGCUGGAAAAGGCGCUUUUUGGGCUAAAAAAACCGAGUCUGGGAGCUGCUGGUUUGUUUAAAACGCUUUUAAAGCCGCUUUAUUCCUAAAAAAAUGCUCUUAAAGCCGCGUUAUGCCGGAAAAAAGGCUCUUAAAGCCGCUUUAUUCUUUAAAAUGCUCUUAAACGGCUUUAUUCGUUAAAAACGCGCUUUAUUUAAAGGAAAAAGGCGCGAAAGCCGCUUCUUUGGGAGAAAACGAAGCUGUUAAAGGCGUUUUCUCGUGGUUUGGUGGUGAAUGGGGCGCUCGGGCGGGCCCGGGAGCUUUUGUAACCAAAACGCUCCCAAAAGUGCUGAAUUUGCCCCCAAAAUGCUCCUCAGAUGACGUCAGAAAUGCUCCUAAAUGGGGCGAAAAAAGGGGGAAAUGGCUGAGAAAGCGGCUUUGAAAAAUAGGGAUUGCGGCUCCAAAAGGGCCCGAGUUUGGGUCAGAUUGGGGCGUUUUGAGGCUGUUUUGGGGUGAAAAGUGUCGGGUUUGGGCAAAACGGGGAAUUGGGGGAAAGAAAAUGGAAGAAAAUGGAAGAAUUGGGAAGAGAAAAUGGAAUAAAAGAGGAAAAAAGAGAGAAAAUGGAAAAUAAAGAGAAAAAAUGAAGAGAUUAAAUGGAAAAAUACGAAAAUAGAAAAAAGAAAAUGGAAAAAAAAGAGAAAAUAGAAAAUAUAGAGAAAUAGAAAAUGGAAAAAAUAGAAGAAAAAACAAAAAAGUGGAAAAAAAAGAAAAUGGGAAAAAAACCCCAAAAAAUAAAAGAAAAAGGAAAAAAUUAAAGAUUGAAAAAGGAAAAAAUGGGAAAAAGAGAAAAUAGAAAAAACAGAAAAUAAGAAAAAAAAGAGAAAAAUAAGAAAAAAGAAAAAAUAAGAAAAAAGAGAAAAAAUAAGAAAAAAAAGAGAAAAAAUAAGAAAAAAAGGAGAAAAUAGAGAAAAAUAAGAAAAAGAGAAAAAUAAGAAAAAAGAGAAAUAAGAAAAUAAGGGAAAAAAAGAAAAAUAAGAGAAAAAUAAAAAAAAAUAAAAGAAAAUAACAAAAAUAGAAAAAAGAAAAUAGGAAAAAAUAUAAAAGCAGAAGAAAUAAAAUAGAAAAAAUGGGAAAAAAAGCAAAAAAAUGGAAAAAGAAAAUAGAAAAAACAAGAGAAAUAAAAUAGAAAAUCAGAGAAAAUAGAAACAAGAAACUAGAAAAGAAAAGAAAACAGGAAAAGAGGCAAAAAUAGAAGAAAAUAGAAAAAAAUCGAGAAAAAAGGUGGAAAAAGGAAAUUUAGAAAAGAGAAAAUUGACGGAAAAAGCAGAAAA